AUGUUUUGUUAAAAGACGGAGGGAGUAUUCUUAAGAAUAACUUACAAGGAUCGACGUUCUCUAAUUACCGCGUUCAGUUCAACAUCAACCCUCUUCUCCCUUCUCUGCUUCUUCCUUUCAGAUCAAUUAAUAUUCUUACUUACCAUGCGUAUAGUGACUGUAUUUGGAUUUUGGACUUGAUGUUCCAAAAUUGUGGUGAAGAAGAAUGAGUAACUUGUUAACAAAUUUGUCGCAAAAGAGUGAGGUUGAUUCCAUCAUCAGAGACACCAUUGACAAGGUUCUUGUUCUCCGCUUUGGCCGUGUCUCUGAUCCUGUUUGUCUCCAGCUUGAUCAAAUUCUUUCUAAAGCAGCAAGAGAGGUGUCCAAAUUCGCAACAGUGGCACUGGUUGAUAUUGACUCUCCAGACAUUCAAGUCUAUGUCAAAUAUUUUGACAUCACUUUGAUUCCAUCUACUGUCUUUUUCUUCAAUGCUCAUCACAUGAAAAUGGAUUCUGGGACUGCGGAUCAUACUAAAUGGAUUGGUGCUUUUCAGAAAAAGCAAGACUUCAUUGAUGUGGUAGAGACAAUAUUUAGAGGAGCAAUGAAAGGAAAGCUCAUUGUGAAUUGUCCUCUCCCUCCUGAAAGGAUACCAAAAUACCAAUUACUGUACAAGGAUGUCUAAAUAUUAAAUUCAAACCCCCUGCCCUUUUUCCACUUUCUCUUAGGGCGGGGACAUUUAACUGACAGAUACUCAAAUGACAGUAAUUUUUUCUGUUUUUUCUUCUCAUCUUUUGCUUAGCUUAUGCUGACUCGUAAUUUGUCAUAUAAUUAUGGUGGCACGGUGAUUAUAAACGAAGAACAUAUGUACAAAGAAACUCACUGAUGUAAGGUUUUUCAUUAAAUUCAUUGUAGACAACAAAUAUCUCUUUAGAAAGAGAAUGCAUCAUUGUUAUUUUUAUCUCGAA